AUGAAAAAGGUCAAGGCAGGAAUUUCGUCUAAUCCAGUUUCUACAAACAGAACCAGAAAAGUCAAAGGUCCAGGAGGCCAAGGACCAUACGGAUCUGGACAGCAAGGGCCAGGAGGUGCCGGCCAACAAGGUCCUGGCGGUCAAGGACCAUACGGACCAGGUGCAGCAGCCGCCGCAGCAGCAGCCGCUGGAGGAUAUGGACCAGGAGCUGGACAACAAGGCCCAGGUGGAGCCGGACAACAAGGACCCGGAUCCCAAGGACCUGGUGGACAAGGACCAUACGGACCCGGAGCAGGACAACAAGGACCUGGAAGUCAAGGACCAGGAAGUGGUGGACAACAAGGACCAGGUGGUCAAGGACCUUAUGGACCAAGUGCAGCCGCCGCAGCAGCAGCCGCUGGAGGCUAUGGACCUGGAGCUCGACAACAAGGACCUGGAAGUCAAGGACCAGGAAGUGGUGGACAACAAGGACCUGGUGGUCAAGGACCUUAUGGACCAAGUGCAGCCGCCGCAGCAGCAGCCGCUGGAGGCUAUGGACCUGGAGCUGGACAACAAGGACCUGGAAGUCAAGGACCAGGAAGUGGUGGACAACAAGGACCAGGUGGUCAAGGACCUUAUGGACCAAGUGCAGCCGCCGCAGCAGCAGCCGCUGGAGGCUAUGGACCUGGAGCUGGACAACAAGGACCUGGAAGUCAAGGACCAGGAAGUGGUGGACAACAAGGACCUGGUGGUCAAGGACCUUAUGGACCAGGAGCAGCCGCCGCAGCAGCAGCAGUAGGAGGAUAUGGACCAGGAGCAGGACAACAGGGACCUGGAAGUCAAGGACCAGGAAGUGGUGGACAACAAGGACCAGGUGGUCAAGGACCUUAUGGACCAAGUGCAGCCGCCGCAGCAGCAGCCGCUGGAGGCUAUGGACCUGGAGCUGGACAACAAGGACCUGGAAGUCAAGGACAAGGAAGUGGUGGACAACAAGGACCUGGUGGUCAAGGACCUUAUGGACCAAGUGCAGCCGCCGCCGCAGCAGCAGCUGGAGGAUAUGGACCUGGAGCUGGACAACAAGGACCAGGAAGUGGCGGACAACAAGGUGAUUUAUAUUUCCGUGUAUACUGA